UUUGAAAACCCUUUCCAGACAGAAAUGGAAACGAGGAGAGGAUUCCUUAUGUCACGAUGGACAGCUUCUGCUUGAACUAAUGGCACGAGAUGAACAGGUAUACGCUUCCUCUUCACCGCCUGCUGUUGCUGGAUGGAAAAGAGCUGCGUGGAACUCCUGCGAAAUCUCUCCUUCUGCAGAAACGAUGUGACAGGUGCGGGGCCGUCGCUGAUCCUGCUGUGACGAGGAGGCAGAGGAAUGUUUGGAAUGUUUCAUCUGAUUGGAUCAGCCGCUCCUGUGCGCGCGAUAGGCGUGGAGCAGCAGAGACGCUAAAGCAGGAUUCAGCAGUACUUUUCAAACGGAGAAAUUUCCAGGCAUGGCGAGGUGCGACACGAGUGCGACGAUAGCGUGCGUUUAAAGACACAUCGAGACAUGCGCAAAGCGAGCGCCGUGCAGCGCGUGAUGUAUUGAGCGAUCCUCGUCAAACACCGCCGCUGCGCCCUGAUGAUCUUCCACCAUCAAGCAGCGCGACACUCGAGGCUUCAGCAGCAGCAGCAGCAGCAGCAGAUAUACCGCUGAUGUUUGGUAAAAUGUGUCAGUGCUGCCGCUCCCCUGUGGUUCAGUCCUGAGCGGCGCCAGCAUAUACUGAACGUGUGACUGAUUUAAACCAUGGAGCCCAAACCUGACUGCUGCCCUUCAUCUGUGCCCAACUCUCAGUGUGACCUGAAGCUCAACAUCUACGAGACCAUCAGUGAGGGGAAUGUGAAUAAACUGGAGAGCUCAGCGCUGGUGCGCGCCGGCAGCGACCCGAGCUCCUACCCGUCAUCCAGACGCCAGAGGUUCAUCCGCAGGAGCCUGUGGUUCACCGAUAAUGACGAGCACCAGCCGGACGAUUGUGCCCCAGAGUGUGAGGAGCAGAAUAAGAUGCUCAGCAUCAACCUGCGGACCAUUGUGGACCGUUCUCUGGCCGCCCGAUCCAGUUUACCAGAAGGAUCUCACACGGAGAGCCAGACGGCUCAGAAAGACCGGGACAGCACCAUCGCAGACGAGGAGAAGGAGAGAGCGGACCUCAAAACGGAUACGACGGAUGGAGUUAAGACUAACAUAAAGGCGGCCAGUGAGGAGAACGAGGAGGAGGCUGAGAUGAAGGCUGUGGCCACAUCUCCUGGUGGACGCUUUCUCAAGUUUGAUAUCGAGAUCGGCCGUGGCUCCUUCAAGACGGUCUACAAGGGCCUGGACACGGACACCUGGGUGGAGGUGGCCUGGUGUGAACUUCAGGACCGUAAGCUGACGAAGGUGGAGAGGCAGCGCUUUAAAGAGGAGGCUGAGAUGUUGAAGGGUCUCCAGCACCCAAACAUUGUGCGCUUCUAUGACUUCUGGGAGUCUCCACUGAAGGGGAAGAAGUGCAUCGUGCUGGUGACAGAACUCAUGACGUCAGGCACGCUCAAAACGUAUCUGAAGCGCUUCAAGGUGAUGAAACCCAAAGUGUUGCGCAGCUGGUGUCGUCAGAUCCUCAAAGGCCUGCACUUCCUGCACACACGCACUCCUCCCAUCAUCCACCGGGACCUGAAGUGUGACAACAUUUUCAUCACGGGGCCCACGGGCAGCGUCAAGAUCGGGGACCUGGGUCUGGCCACGCUCAAAAGAGCCUCCUUCGCCAAGAGUGUGAUCGGAACGCUGGAGUUCAUGGCUCCAGAGAUGUACGAGGAGCACUACGACGAGUCCGUGGACGUCUACGCUUUUGGCAUGUGCAUGCUGGAGAUGGCCACGUCUGAGUACCCAUAUUCAGAGUGCCAGAACGCCGCUCAGAUCUAUCGCAAGGUCACCAGCGGGGUGAAGCCUGCCAGUUAUAAUAAGGUGAUGGAUCCUGAGGUGAAAGAGAUCAUUGGCGAGUGUAUUUGUCAGAAUAAGGAGGAGCGUUACUCCAUCAAGGAGCUGCUGAAUCACGCCUUCUUCGCGGAGGUCACCGGCGUGAGGGUGGAGCUGGCGGAGGAGGACGACGGCUUGAAGACGUGCAUCGCGCUGAAGCUGUGGGUGGAGGACCCUCGCCGGCUGAAGGGCAAGUACAGGGACGCAGGAGCCAUCGAGUUCAGCUUCGACCUGGAGAAGGAGGUCCCUGAAGCCGUGGCGCAGGAGAUGGUUGCGUCUGGUUUCUUCCAUGAGAGCGAUGCAAAGAUAGUGGGUAAGUCUCUGCGUGACCGAGUGGCUCUGAUCAAGUGGCGCAGGGAGAGGACGGUGCCGAGGGCCUCACAGGCCGUGCCCGGCGGGACGGUACCCAUCCUCUGUGAACCGCCCGGUCUGCUGGAGCCUGAAGAGCCGGAGGUGGAUCAGCAUGUGCACGUGUGUCCACUCAGUGCCAGGACCGCCUCCACCACAUCUGACAGUGGCAUCGGUUCAACUGUGUACUCGGACUCCCACGGCAGUGGUCUGCACAGUGUCAUAUACCAGUCUUUACAGGAAUCUGUCUCCACCGCAACCCAGGAGGGUGCACAUCAUGAAAGCUCUUCUGUAAAUGAGUUAAUCAGAAGUCACGAGUGUCUCCGUUUCCUGCUCCGACCCACGAGUCCUUCCUCCUCUCCAAUACCACGAGACCAAGCAGAGAUGACAGAAGAUGCACUCGGAAGUUCUUGCUCUGGGAAUUUGCUGCACGUUCCUUGUCCUGUUACGACUCGUCGCUAUAGCGACACAUCAGUGGGGCCGUCCUCUGAGACAAAAGGGGAGGAGUCUGUCUCCAUUGCAAAGCAGGGGCGUCGGCUUUCUUUAAGCCCCACCCCUCACCAGCCGCCGUCCCCGUGUCAGGCCUGCCGAUCGUUAUUCCUGCUUGGGACAUGUGCAGAUAGAAGACAUUCGCCCUUUUCUUCAUUUAUGCUUCCUCACAUCCCUGAUGUCCACAGGGGCUCCUUCAGUGAGACCUCUGACCUCUCCCAGCUUAACAAAUCUCUGGAGAGCAUCACAGGCCACAAACAUCAGCCAGCUCCUGCCUUUCUGAGAGCCCCGCCGAUGAAGUCUGAAAGAGGGCAGUACCGGCCUGCCCGCAGCCACAGUGAUGAGGGCCACCCCGUGGAGUCGCCUCGUGAUGACCUGACAUCCCGUCGCAGAGCCAGUUUUUGUGCUGGCAUGUCUUCUGUUCUGAGAGCCCAAAGCCUGGCUGCAACGGCCGCAGCUCAGCACAUGCAGAUGUUCCCUCCUGCCCCCUCAGAGACCCCUGUGCUGGCCGCCGGACAGAUUCUGUCCACUCCCCAGCCACUGGGACUUCUGCAGGGCGUCUCGACUGCACCACAAACCGUGAAUCCACAGCAGCUCGCAUCUACAAGUCUGACUGCAGAGUCGAACGCGCAGGCCCAUGUUCACCGACCUGCAGCGUUGCAUCAGCCUGCCUCAGUGCAACAGAGUUCCACGCAUCCAAGUUACCAUCCUGCCACAGCAGAGCUAGCCAAUGCACAGACACUUCCACCCAUGCAGCACACUGAACUCAGUCUCCCUUCUAAAACAGAAGCAGCACUGCCUGCAGAUCAGAGUUUUCAGAGCGGAGCAUCUCAAACACCCGUGUUGCAACAUUUGCAGCAACCAACUGUGAAUGCCACAACUGAUGGGCAACACCGUGACUUCUCAAAAGUGCAGCAAACUGCUCCUGUGCAGCUUAGCCAGACAGGCCCUGCACCAUCUGUACCACAGCUCUCCAUUCAGACACAGCUAAUGGACAGCUGGCAGCAAGUAGGUCAGUCCACCUCCAGUCUGACCCAAACCAUUCCCCCUCCACAGGCGCCAGCUUAUCUCACACAGUGUCCUUCUCUAAACACAGCUCAAUCAUUUGGGAGCCCUCUACCUGGAUGUGACUCGCACCCCGCCAGCUUUCCCUCUGUGCAGUCGUCCCUCAGUCUGCCCGUCCCGACACACCCCCACAUCUCACCAGUGUCAUGUUCGCAGAUUGAGAGCUCUGUGCUAACCCAGUACCCCCACCUGUCCUCCACCUCCCCUAUACCCGCUCCAGUUCCCACAGUGCACCAGUACCAGCAGGCCUACUCUGUUGCUCAGCAGCCUGCCUCUAUGUGUGUAGGAUACCCUCCCAGUAAACAAGCUCCGCCCACUCAGGGAACCUUGACCAGCCAGCACCAGACUGUUCAUGUGGACCAGAACUGUUCCGGUAGCUCUGAUUACACCCGUGUCUCUCAGAAAAUAACACACUUGACUCCUGCCCAGAGCUCCCACAGCAGUCAUAAUGCGCCUCAGCCUCCCACAGUACCACAGCUCUCACCCUUCAGACCCGUCCUCGACACAUCCGGCUCUGCUGUGGAACAAAACCAGCCUCAUCAGCAUGUCAGCCAAGCAUCUUUACCCACCGUCCCGCAUGCUGGAGCCGGUGCCAGCCUGAGUCAGCAGAAGCAGCUGGGCAGCGGCGGAUGUGGAGGAACCUCCAGUGAAAUAUUCACAUCGGAGCAUGUUCCUGAUAAACAGGCAGCACCAGCUGGGUCCACCUUUGACAGUAUAAACUCAGAUGGCACAUGCGGUAAAGAGCUGAGCGAUGGGAAUGAGGCUUCCAGCAGGGCUCGCAGUGAAUCACGAGUGCGAAAACUCAAUCGCAAAUUGUCCCGCACGCGCUCCCGCCAAGACAAGAUCAACAGAACCAAACUCACCAUGAUCAAAGUGUGUGACACAGGAGACAAGAUGGUGGAGUGUCAGCUGGAGACUCAUAACCAUAAGAUGGUGACGUUUAAAUUUGACCUUGACGGAGAUGCUCCAGAGGAGAUUGCCACAUAUAUGGUUGAGAAUGAGUUUAUUCUGUUGCUGGAGAGGGCGGUGUUCAUCGAGCAGCUGAAGGAGAUCAUGGAUAAAGCCGAGGACAUUCUGAAUGAGGACGCUGAGGGUGAGAAGGCGUCUGUCCAGACCUCACUGCUCCGUCAGACGCCUGUCGCAGCAGACUCCGGCCCGCAGGGGUCAAAACCUGAGCACGCAAAGUCUGACCAGCUAGUCUACAAACAGAAUGUGCUUCACACCGGAAAGCGCUGGUUCAUCAUCUGUCCUGUGGCUGAGACGGCCACGCCUGACAGAGAAGAGGCCGCCUCCUACCCAGAGAGCUCCUCUAUAUCUCAAACACAGGAUGUCAACACAGCUGGUGCCAAACCUCUGCAGAAGUGGCCAUCAGUGCCACAGGCGUCCCUCUCUGAGGUGGCUCCAUUGGCCGAGGGCCCUCAGGCUGCCUGUACGGUGGGUGUUUCUGUGGUUUCUGACAUCCAGUGCUGCCCCCUUGUGCCUCCUGUUUCGCUUGAUGUGGCUGCUCAGAAAGCCACAGAGGGCCCUCAGCAGCCCGUGGUCCACACCAGCAGCCCCAGCGCAGAGCCGCCCGUGAGCCAGACCCAGCCUGUGGUGCUGCAGCAGCCCACUCCAAAGGCUUCUGUCACCAGCGGCCAAUCGCAGCCUCAGAGCCCCACCCAUCAGCCUCAGAGCCCCACCCAUCCGCCCCAGAGCCCCGCCCAUCAGCCUCAGAGCCCCACCCAUCCACCCCAGAGCCCCACCCAUGAGCUCCAGAACGCCCCGCAGGUGCAGCCGGGCGAAUCAGAUGGGGAAGGGCCGCCAAGGCUGGAUUUUGCAGACAGAACCAUAAAGACUCUGGAUGAGAAACUGCGAAACCUUUUGUACCAAGAGUACCACCCAUCGCAAACCCCAAGCUCAGCCUCUGAGCCACCCGGAUCACCUCCGCUGUCCGACAGCCAAGGCAGUGAUGGAGCCGUGAGGAACGCAGAAACACUGCCUCAGAUCCCAGAGAGGUCUGAUAGUCUCGGGACCUUGAGUGAUUCUGCUGUUGCUCCCUUCAAAAGACAUCUGACCAGAAAAGACUCCGAGGCCGCUUCUACUACACACACAUCUAAGAGCCACUUCCAGAUUGUGCCGACAGAUUCAGAUGUGUCUUCUCAUGAUGGUGGAGGAGAUCAUGUGAUUGAUUUCGAGUCUGCUUCUGUUCCUGCAACUGAGAACGGACACAGAUCCACAUCAAAGUCACAAAGCAACCGUUACUCAGCACCUCCUGACUUAUAUCAGGACACAACUACUUCCUUUCCAGAGGCCAGACCCACAAUGGCGUGCGCUCAGAGCUCACUGUCAGCGGACGGGACAGUGCAGUGCCUGUCCUCUGACACAGGAGAGGAGGAUCAGAGCGAGACUACAUCUGUUAAGCCCACGUCUCCAGCUCCUGCCCUGUCAGAGUGCAGCGGCGGGGACUUCAUGAAGCGGGCGGUGGCGUUCCUCCGGCACUCGGGUCACAGCAGCAGUGUCCAAAGCUCUGAUUCGCCCCUGCCUCUGGUGAACGGACACGCCCCAUCCGUUACUGGCCACGCCCACUCUGCUUACGUCAGCAGUGAUAAUGACUCUGAAUUUGAGGACGCUGAUAUGAAACGAGAGCUGCAGAAGCUGAGAGAGAAGCACAUGAAGGAGAUCUCUGAGCUCCAAGCUCAUCAGAGAGGAGAGAUCGAGCAGUUGUACUCUCGGUUAGGUCGACCUGUUCCACCCAGCGUGGGCUUCUUGCAUGCAGUGCCACCUACAGGCCGCCGCCGCAGAGCCUCCAAACACAAGCUGAAGGGAAGCCGACUGCUCAAUCCCAUGGUGCAACACCUUAGGAACAACCGAAGCAACAACUCUACUGAGACGUGCUACAGUGUGUCGGGGUCUCCGGUCAAGAGCUCGGUUCUGGGUAACAGCUCUGUGGGUUCCAGCACAGCCACGCUGAGCCCUGUGUCAGAACCGCUGGAGCCAGUCCAGACUCAGCAGCCCUGCUCAUUUAAGGGCUCUCUGUCCUCUGACAACAUCUACGGGCCCACCACACACACAGCACCCCGGCAAGGCUGGACUGUAUACCACCAAACAUCUGAGCGAGUCACCUAUAAAUCUAGUAGCAAACCACGCACUAGAUUCCUCAGUGGACCCGUGUCUAUGUCCAUCUGGUCCACUCUGAAACGGCUAUGUCUAGGGAAAGAGCGCAGCAGUAGGUCUCACAGUACUGGUGCUGCCCAUGUGACUUCAGCAACCAAUCAGAACCUGCCUCCCGCAGCCAUACCUGCUUCAUCCUCUCGGCCAAUCACGGCGCUGGUUCAGGCUCAAGCAAACAACAGCAACAACAAAAGCGGGACCUUCACCGAUGACCUACACAAGCUGGUUGAUGAUUGGGCAAAAGAAACUCUUGCCUCCGCCCCUCAGCUCCGCCCCUCUGUGUGUCAGAUCAGACCACAGAGAUCUCAUCAGACCUUCCAGUCCCACCCACUCCAAUGGCCAGGGUCCCCCAAUCAGAUAAGGGGAUCAAUCCCUCAGGCAGCUGUGAAGUUCCAUCUACCACUGUCCUGUCCGCUGUCAGCAGCUCUGGGUCCCAUCAUGCCUCGUGGCAUCACCAGCACCCCAUCACCCGUCCUCCAGCAGGGCGGAUACUUGAUGCCCACCGCCCCCUUUGCUGGGAUGAUGCCAGCCCCUGUGUAUCCAAACCAGUGGUCUGGUUUGCCCAGUCCAGUGGGCAUGUUUGUCACGGCCGGUAUGGUCCCGUACCCAGCCAUGGCCAGCCCAGCACUGCAGACUUUUCCUCUGGUGGUGAAAAGCCCAGACACCCCUUUGUGCCCCAGCAAAGCCAGGACCGCAUAA